AUGGUGUUGAUGCACCGUGAGAAUAGAAAUUCAAGGGAUCGGGGCAACACUGGUGCCAGUGCUCAUGCUGGCACCAAUCAAGAGGUCAAGGACCGCAAUGUCUUGCGGCACGCCCCUCAAGUGGAGUCUCCUUGGAUGCCGUCAUCCAAAAAAUUAGAUCGAGUGGCGGAUAUGAACACUGAACGGGAUCGAAUCCCGUUGUUCGACUGCAGGAGGAUCUGUCCUCCUAAUUCCAGCACGGAAACUAUCCGUGCUGAGGAAGAAUUCUUCACCGAUGUGUUCUUCAAACAUCGGUGGUACAAUGGCAGCCGUGUUCGAGACGGAAAGGCCUUGGUGCAAGGAUGGAGUGCCCUCAUUCACAACAUCGAGUGUAUUGGCCGUGAAGCCUGGCUCGCCAAACUUGAUGCAGCCCGCAUCAGGUUUGAGAAACGCAACCCCGUCGGGGCGCGAUACAAGUUGCACCGGCUUUCAAGAGAGGCAGGAUUACCCUGUCUCUCGUGGGGUGAUUCGUGCCCAGGUUGCCUGGACAACUCGAACUGUACUCCUAGGGAGUUCUAUCUCCCUAAUGAUCCCUACUGGAGGACGCGCAACUCUUGUGACAUGGCAGAUGGACGAAGGGAUUGA